AAUAUUUACAUGUUGAGCUUAGUAAGUACAGUAAGUAAUGAAGACCAGGAACGUCCGCAAUCAUUCACCUUUUGACCAACCAUUAAAGGAACACGAUGAAUUCAUUUCUAGAUUACUUCUCUGGCAACGACAUGAAGGCAUUUACAACAAAAUUAUGUGACGAGGAGCGCAGGUCUGUGGCAUCGUACUAUACAGACACUCCUGAGAAUUACGCGACAGGUAUUUUGGAUAAUCUGAACAGCCGCCGGUUGUUAUCUGAAGUGAAUGAAGACGUACGUGUGGCUUCAUAUGAUACCAACCAUACCAACGCUACUCCGUGUGAAACUGAUACCUUCGGCUUCGGAUUGGUCCAUGCUGUAGCUUAUGGAUGCAGUGGUGACUCAGGAAACGUGAGGAAAAGUGUCCAAUACAUUAACCACGCACCCUCAUGGAAUGGGUCGUAUCCCAGUCAUCAAACGGAGAACUUCCACAACGACUCAAAUGAAUACAAGCAGCAAAACUGCACGUUUUUUCGUCGGGAACCCUCUCUCAGUUGUCAGAGUUUAUCGCUAUCCCAAGAGGCUGUUCCUAAGCAAGGAAGUAGACCAGUGACAGCAAGUGCAUUUGAGUGGAUGAAGAUAAAAAGGAAUAUCCAGAAAACCAGCAAAUCACCCGAGUAUGGGCAGGGAAACACCGUAGCAACUGCACGAACCAAUUUCACAACUAAACAGCUUACAGAACUGGAGAAGGAAUUCCAUUUCAACAAGUAUCUCACCAGGUCAAGACGGCUGGAGAUAGCGCAUAGCCUGCAGCUAAAUGAAACCCAAGUUAAAAUCUGGUUUCAGAACAGAAGAAUGAAACAGAAGAAAAGAGAUAAGGAGGGCCUGGCUCUGAUCACCUCAUGCCCAAAUGCGAAAUAUUCAGACUCGUCGUCCUCAUCUGAGCUAAACUCUCCCAUAUCCACACCACCUACCUCUCCAGUUAUCGCCCAUUUUAGUUAAAUGCACAGCUGAGAAACUGGACUCCUUUAGUUGUCACUUUUGUUGUAACAAUUUAUGAUGUUAUGUAAAUUUAGCAAUUACUCGCUGAACUAAUGUUUAAGUUUAUUAAUUAAGUUAUACAUGUAUCCAAUGUGUGCCUUAUAAGACUAUGCUGUCUAAGUAACAGGAUACAGCAUGAUUGUGCCUUUGCCAGUGUGGGGGCAUUGUGUAUAAGGCCUCACUUACUCUGGGAAGUUGUUUAAACCCUUGAUGCCUCGAUUAACUUAAUUUGCCUUUGUACUAAGAAAUCCAAAGAUUUGAGAUAAAGGAUCUGAAAUAAGCAUCUACUGAUUCGUAUCAUGUUAGGUUGUCCUCAGGAAAGUUCCUCAGCUUGCUGAAGCAUGCACUAAAAGACUCUGGUUCAGAGGUUAACUUAAAGAUUUUAAAAUGAUAACUACUUAACCCAAGUGAUAUGACAUGUCCAUUUUAACAUUUAAUGUAAAAACCAAUGUAGAUUGUUUAGUAACAGAUACAAGAGAUACUUACAUUGUCACUGUAUUAAAUGCAUCCACAUUUACAUCGUACCUGGCCCGUUUAAUAUCAGUACACUGUCUGAUUUGUAUACAUCCAAUGAAAUGUACUUGUAGAAACAAUGAGAUUAAGAUUGUUUUUGAUGGGCACAAAAUUAUACUCAGUGGCAAUGUUGCUGCUGGUGGAUGUUGAGUGAAUAUGAGUAUUGUUGCCUUUAUAAAAUGUCUUGUGCAUUUGCUGACUACAAUAUUAUCACUGUUUCUAGAAAUUUCAGUUUCACUGGUUAAGUACAUUCUGCCUCUUUUCUGAGAUACAUUGACGGGAUCAAGACAGAAUAAAGACACAUUCUACACAUAUGCUGACAAUGUAGCCAUAUCUACACGUGAACAGCAUAUGCCAUACCAAAACAAUGUGAGGUACAAAUAAGAACAUCUAUUCUAUGUAAUGAAGUUAACAUCUUUAAACUGGACAUCAUCAAAGUGUCAGAAACCGUUGUUCUUUCCCUGCAAGUUUAUUAUGUUUGAAAACUUUGUGUGAAUAUUUACUGUA